AGACGUGUGCUGCUGCUGUUAUCGUGAGCGAGAGAGAGACAGCAGCAGUGCGAGUGGAGUAGAGUAGUGUGUUUGGGCGCACUGGCUCUUGGCUCUACUGCUGCUGCUGGCUCCGCGCUCCGCCGACGAAGCUGGCGAGGAGAGUUACUACUGCUGCUGCACGCGCGCGACUGCUUCAGUGGCUCGCCAUGUUUUUCAUCAGGUGGGGUGUUUAAUUUGGUCCGGGCCGAAGCUCCUACGAUCGGGCUGCAUGCAGAGACAAAAUGGGAAGCGGAUACAACUUCUCGUUUUGCACUGAGGCUUGUCAUCCUGGCGACGACACUGCUGCUGCUACCAUCGCUCGUUCCAAUGAAUAAAAACUCCCUACAAUUCUAAAACACACAUUACACACAUUACACACAUUUCUCUCUCUCUCUUCUAAAUUAAAUAAUAAUUAACACAACACGACCGCGAAAGGAUUUCAAGAAGCAACGACUCUACGAGCUUAGCAAAUCCCUUCGCAACAUCAACACAUCUUCGAAAACUCAAGAAAAAAAAUUCAAGAAAGGAAAAAAAAAGUCAACAACAAACUCAUCACACAUUUGAUAUACAUGCAAAAGUGACCCCCCCUCGAGUACUAUAUUCAUUUAUUUUCGACGUUUAUUCGGUAUCGCACACGCACACUCACACAUCAUACACGGUACAGACGGACGGACUUGGACUGGACAGACUGGGACGGAUUCACGAUCAGACCACCGAGCUGCUUUGUUUAUCAAAAGCUUGUUAAAAUGGCAACAGAAUAAGAAGGCGAGGGAGAGAGAAUAUGCUUGUAUUCGGAUUUUGCUCAAAGAUCAGUAGAAAGAACAUCAACAGCGGCAGAAAGAAGCCGCCCGUUCCUGAGAAAUGAGGCACCCGGCGGAGAAGAAUCUAGCUGGAUUAGCGACAUCGACCGAUGGACGCAAUAACGACAUUACCAAUCAUCCAGAAUUUCAAGAGUUUCAAGAGCUGCUGCGCGUAUUAAGCAAAGGAUCGGUAAAAAGCAAGUCGAACUCGGUUCCCGCAAAGUUGCGCCAAAAGCUUGCGGGAAUAAGUCGACUUAUAUCUACUGAUCUGAUUCGAGAAUGGCGUGCUUAUAGAACGAGGAGCCUCUUGAAUCCUCCAAUAGUAUCUCAGGACGAGGAAAAUACUGCCUACGAAGAAAAAUAUCCUGCCUUGCAAAUAGUUUGGUCUUUUUAUAAAAAUAGAAAUUAUGAAGAAAAGCAGUCUUUUUUAAAGUAUUUAAGAUUUUGUUCCGGAUUAUCUGAAGAACAGCUCAAAUGCAGAAAAGAUAAGAGCGCCAAGAAAAUUUAUUUGAAGAAAAAUAAACACUACGAACGAAACCUUUCUGCAAUUUCUGAGAAGGCAGGAUCUACACAGCAGAUUCCGAAUAGUAACAAUAAUACAUUUUCGAUCGACCCAAUCGGAAAAAAAUCAACACCCACUCUAGAAGAACUUAAAGAAAAGCUAUAUUACGCUACACUUUAUUCACAAGCUGAAGAAUAUUGUUUAGUGACGCUCUCAAUGGAUGACAUUCAGCUUACAGCAGCAGAAAUGUACGACAGACGACUUGCUAAUUUUCAAGCUAAAUUUACUGACAGCUUGAAAGAGUUGUGGGAUAAUGGAACAAUAGUUUCACCAGGAUGCGAGGAGGACAUCCAAGCCAAGUUUACACCAAGGGUGAAAAAGUUGUGGGAUGAUGGAACGGAUGGGUCGCCUGGGUGCUCUAUAUGGUCUAACAGCGUACCCGUUAUGGAUAACUCUGUAUGGCCAGGUAAUCAUUCGAGUGCAUCGUUUUCCAAUUCGGCUCUCUGUCAAAAAAUUGACAAGACGGCUGAUGAUGAAAAUUCCGAUGACUCGUCGAUUUUACCGCUGAGCGUUAAUUCAUUUGUUCUCGGAGAUUCAUUUGACGAGAACAAAAAUGAAGAUGACAAAACACCUCAAAACCGAAAAAAUGAUCGGUUUGAGGUUGAGCCGACUCAAGAAGCUACUUGGUUCUACGACAAUUUUGAUAACAAUGAUGCAUUAGAUCGCAGUGACUAUUCGCAAGCUUGUUCUUUGAAUUGCUGCAAGCAAUUUCAAAGUCCCGAGGAAGCUCAGCAAUUGAAAAGAAUUCAAUGUAUUGAGCCCGUUGAUGAAGAUUUGUUAACAUCAGACCGAACUCAUUUUAAACCAAUAAAAAGUGACGGUCAUUUGACAGAUGGGACUACCUUUUCUGUCGACAGCGAAGUAGAACAAAUAAUGUAUCAGAGCAGAUCGGAGUCAGAAAGAGUGUUUUAUCUUCCUGGAGGUGAAACUCCAUACAUGAAUUACUCAGCUAAUGAAGAGUCUUCUAACAGUUCCGCCUUAGUUCCAAAAUUCAAAGUAAAACAAAACAAUGUGGCUACUCAAACUGAUUUUGCCGAACCCAUUCGUGUACCAGCUGCACGUAGAAUUUUUUCGACGAACUAUUUUGCUUUUGACCGAACUGGACAAACUGCGAACUGUUCUUUUAAUAUGUGGAAUUCGCCAGAAUGGCAAUUACGGUUUGAAAGGAAAAGAAGACUCAGCUGUAACUUCAAAACUCGACCACUAGCAGUGUUACGCCCUUUAACACUGUGAACGGAUCAGACGGGUGAUCCUGUCUUGAUAACGAUUCAUCAUAAGCAGUAAAGAAUUGUGUUUUAGUCUAGUAAUAAUCGUCAUGCAACAUGGAUAUAUCUUAUUAAUACGAUGAAACGGCAUUUUGGGGUCCUCUUGGCAUGUGGAAUUUGUUAUGCAUGAAACCAAGACGGCUUGGUUAAGCCCCUUAUGUUAUUAUAAACAUGACGAUAAAAGAUGGAUUAAAUAUCAAUUCGUUUAGGAAAAUUAAUUAUAAAUAUACAUCCAUUGCGUGAAACCGAAAACUAAUUGAAAAAAAUUAAAAAAAAAAAAGUUGAUGGAAGCAAGCAAAUUCCUUUUACAAAAAUAUCUCGUUUAUUGCGAGUAUGUUGAAGGUACUUGUUCUUACACUUUUUUUGAAUUUAGUAAGAGUGAUAAUUGAUUUUCUAGUUGUUGAUAAAUGUUUACGUCACUUCUUUAUUUCUUUGAAGUUUUCGUUUUUUUCGUGACGAAAACUUGACCUUAAAUUUUAUUAAGGAGCUAUGAUGCAAGUCGUGGCUGUUAACCUUUAUUUUAUUUAUUUCAAAAUUAGAGUUAAUUUUUAUUUCUUAUAAAUAUCUAAGGAUACUGUAAAGUGUCAAAAAAAAUUAUGGAAUAUGCUGCAUAUCGAGAGUAUGGACAGCUAUAUUUGACGAAAUUUAAUGUCGAAAAAAAAGACAAAACAAAAAUAACAAGAAAAUUUUUAAGUUGGGUUAGGCUUUGGAAGAAUAGGUAUCAUAUGGAAAAGAGAACUUAAUAAUUAAUGCUCACAAAAGCAUGUUUGCAGGAAAACAGAGAAAAUUACUAAACUGGUAAAUUUUCUUGUUUUCCUUAGAUUAUUAAUGAACUUACCAUAGUUAUAUUUCCUUAAUAUAAUUUAACUUCGUAGUGUACAAAGUAUCCCUUAUAAGAUGAUCUUCGCGACAUGUGCGUUAAAAUUUAAUCCAAUUACACAGGCCAUGUGUGCCUGAGUCUCUUUAUGGAAAAUGUAAUUGGUAUUUGCGCACUUGUAGCGAGAAUUACUAGAUUCCCCAUCUUUUUUCUUGCUGCCUGGUACCUCACAAUUCUUCUCCCUCGUAUCCUUACUUGAAAGAAUAAAAUGAAAAAAAAAAA